AUGGAAAGUGAUAUUCAUCCCUACGAAGCUUAUAAAACAUCGCAUCUAUUAGAAGACCUGCAGCUGCAACGACUGAAACAACACUUAGUAGACAUCCUUUUGCAUCCAGAUCAAGGGGUACCAUUAAUUUACGUUGAGGAAUAUCCGACCGGCGAACAAGACACGGAAAGCGACGCGUAUUAUAAUCAGUUCCCCGAACUUCAGAAGGACCCGAAGAAGGAAUUAACGGAAGUUCCAUUUAAAAGAUCGAGGUAUUACCGCAAAUAUCCGUGGAAACGGCAAAAUUCUAGAGAAGCAUACGACGCCGAAAACCGCUACAUGUGUCAACCAAGCAAAGACGACGUCUUCCGUUUACUUGUGGCGCUCCACGACGCACGACAAGGCAAUAGUCGCACGGUCAAUUUUUGUAAUCGCAGAAGAGCGGCGACCGCAGUUUUCACGAACAUUCGAUUUUUGGGCCGAAAGAAAUAAAUUCGUCGUUUCUAUCAUUCUGCAAAUUAAAUAUUAUAAACUAUGAUGUGUGACUGAAAAAUGUAGUUACUUUUAAAAAUUUAGAAUUUCAAUGUUACGAUGUAUAGGUGUUAAAUAAAUGAAUCAGUAUUA